GUCGGAAAACUCUGGAUCCGCGGGAACGCGUUGUUUUAUGGUCACAAUCAAUCCCAAAUUCUUAGCCUACAAGAUACUGAAAUUCAAGACUUUUUGGGUCAACAUCGCCAUCAUAAUCUUCCACCUGUUUUCUAUAACUGUAAUUAAAUGUCAUUUAUUCAUCACACCCACUCAUCAAAACCCUAUUUUUUUCAUCUUCAAAACCACUCUUUUCGCUGGAUUCAUCGUUGAUUCGGGUCAGCCAUGCUUCAAUUCAAAGACCCUUUAAAGCUUAGAACCAAAAAGAUUGUGUUUGAAGAUGUAUACUCUGCUCAAGAUUCAGGCACUCUUGAACAAUUGAAAGAGUUAAGCUCCAAGCGCGUAAGCGUCGAAUUGAUUAACGAAAACAACCCCAUUACGGAUGCGAUUGCAAGGGAAAUGUCUGGAGGAUUGACUUCUCAGUGUGAACAGGAUAUUCAAAAGUUAGAGCUGUAUCUGCCGUUGUUGGAGAAUUUGGUUCAACAUGUUGAUUUGAUCGGUGAUGAUCCACGGGUGAUCGGUUGGACUUCGAAUCUUAAAAUAAGGUGGACUAGUCCUCUUAGUUGUUCGUCUUUCUUCAAUCUCAUGGGUCCUAGGUUCUUUCAGAUUGAUAAUUUGCGGUUUGAGCUUGGAACCGUUUUGUUCUUUUAUGGUGCGCAUCUUCGAGAAUGGGCUUCCCAAGUUCUAGUCACAGAUUUAGUACGAUCCGCGACCCUGUUUAGAAAAGCCGCAGGGGUUUAUCAAUAUUUGGCUCAUGAGGUUCUACCCUCUUUACAAGGCGUACGCACUCCCGAGGGUCCACUGGAAGCCACAUCAUCAGUUUCUUCGGUUAUGAACUUAAUUUGCUUGGCUGAGGCUCAGAUAGUAACUAUAAUGAAGGCUGAAGAGAAACAAACUGCCGAUGGGCUUUUGGCAAAGUUGCAUUUCGGUGUCGUUCAGUUAUUUAAUGAGGCCAUGGAUUUUUAUUUAACCGCAGCGAAAGAAUGCAAAGAUAUCUCACCGGUGUUGAUGGAUUACAUUUCAUGUUCUAAAGUGGUACACGAGUUAAGAAGCUACAAAUACAUGGCACAGGCCAUAAAAACCGAGGGGCAAAUUGGAACCGCGAUGGGACUUCUUAAACUUGCGUUAAACAAAGUAGAGAGGAACAUAGGAGGAAUGGAAUCAUGGCGAGCGAUUAUAAAGCAAGCGAUGGACACCAUGGCGGAUUUGUUAAGAAAAUACGAGCAUGAAAAUGAGUUUGUUUGGCAUGAAAAAAUACCUUACGAUCACCAUUUGCCGGUGCCACAAGGAACAAAGAUAGCAACUUGCAUACCUUAUCGUCCUGAAAGAUGGGAAAGAACUCUUGCGUUGAAGAUAUAAAUGUGUAAUAUUUACAAUCCACAGGGGGUAAAAAGGAUAUUCGAUUUGAUGCUAGGAUUUUGAAGCGACGAAAGAGGAGUGUGUUGCAUGUAAGAUGGUGAUAUUUGUAUGGUGGCGAUAUGGCGAUGAACUUUGAUUGUUUUGUUGAUAUGAUGUCGAUAAGGUGGUUGGUGGAUGGUAAAGGACUAAAGGGCGGUCACGACUCGUGUGAACUGAUCUCAUGCUUUCUUUCCAUGGUUUGUUGUAUUGCUAUCUUAUGUACUAUGGAAUGAAAAUACAUGAACAUGCUGUAACACCUCCUUAUGUUUCGGUUAAGAUACCGACCUGCGGGUUUCUUUUUCUUUUUGGUUUUGUAUAUAAUUAUUAUUGUAUCAUAUAUGAUAUAUGAUUUUGAGAAGUA